UUCGUUGAGAUAGCACUUUACUUUGUUCGAUGUGAUAUCGCAGUCCAUGGCUUAUGGACGUUUAAACUUUUCAGUGAUAUAAAACUGCAGCCAAAUAUGGACACUGUCACAUCAAUACUCAUAUCAGCUGUUAUUAUUUUGAUUUCCUACGGGUUCUACCUUUUGCGAAAACAACUGCGCUUUUUCGCCGAUCUCAACAUACCACAUAUUCCGGCCAGUUUCGAUCUGAUCGACAAAACAGCGCAUCCGGUGAAGCAGUUCCAAAAAUGGUACCAGCAAUUCAAAGGUCAACAUCAAUUGACGGGGACGUUCAUGGUAAUUAAACCAAUCGUCAUCCCGCUGGAUUUGGAGCUGAUAAAAUGUAUCUUUGUGAAGGAUUUCCAAUACUUUCAAAAUCGUGGGAUAUACUACAACGAGAAAGAUGAUCCACUUUCUGCGCAUCUGUUCAGUUUGGAAGGAGCCAAGUGGAGGAAUUUACGAUCGAAAAUAUCACCGACCUUUACCUCUGGUAAAAUGAAAAUGAUGUACCCAACGAUGGUUGCUGCUGGAAACCAAUUUAGAGAAUAUUUGAACGAAAAAGCAACGCUGGAAAGCGAAUUUGAAAUGAGAGAUUUGCUGGCAAGAUUCACGACCGAUAUCAUUGGAACAUGCGCAUUUGGUAUUGAGUGCAAUUCGAUGCAGGAACCGAACUCAAAGUUUAGAGAAAUGAGUCGCAAGCAUUUUGAAACACGUCGAAGUGAAUUAAAAGAUUUGUUUAAAAUGGCUUUUCCUGAUUUGGCACGAUUUUUGGGUGUCAAGGAAAUUCUCCCCGACGUUUCGGAAUUUUUCAUGAACGUGGUAAAGAGCACCAUCGAAUACCGAGUCAAAAACAAGGUUAGUCGGAAUGAUUUCAUGGACUUAUAUAUAAAAAUUCUGGAGGAGCAGAAGCCUGAUUCAGAUCAACUUACGAUAAAUGAGAUUGCGGCACAAGCUUACGUAUUUUUCAUCGCCGGUUUUGAAACAUCAUCAACGACAAUGACAUGGGCGUUGCAUGAACUCUCACGUAACCCGGAUAUUCAAGAGAAGGGAAGAAAAUGUGUUCAGGAGGUACUUGAAAAACACAAAGGUGUUAUGAGUUAUGAAGCCAUUAUGGAGAUGACUUACAUCGACCAGAUCAUUAAUGAAACAUUGCGGCUUUAUCCACCGGUUCCGCUACAUUUCCGGGUAGCCACCAAAGAUUACCAUGUUCCCAAUACGGAUGUAGUUCUUCCGGCUGGAACUGCAACCAUGAUUCCCGUCUACGCAAUCCAUCGCGAUGAGGACAUUUUCCCUGAACCGGAGAAAUUCGAUCCGAAUCGUUUCUGCCCGGAAGAGGUUAGCAAACGACACCCGUACGCGUGGACCCCGUUUGGCGAAGGGCCACGCAUUUGCAUCGGGGUGAGGUUCGGAAUGAUGCAGGCCCGCAUCGGAUUGGUGCUGUUGUUGAAUAAUUUCCGAUUCUCACAGGGUCCCAAAAGCAGUAAGGAGUUGGAGUUUGUGACACAUAAUUUAAUACUGACUCCUAAACAGGGACUUUGGUUGAAGGUGGAGAAAAUUUGAUUCAAUGUUAUUGGAAACAGAGUCAUAAUAUUCCAAGAUAUCAGGAUUAACCAACAAACAUUAAAUACGGGUGAAGCAUUUAUACAGCCAAAAAUGGCCUUCUUCAGUUAGCCAACUAGCUUAUUUGGCUUAAAUUUUUGUUAGGAUGUAAUCUAUGUUAUUAAUUUCUUCUAGUCUAUUUCAGUCAACUAAUUAUACGAUAGUAUUUUCGAAAAUUGUGAAUUUAUCAGUAUAAGAUUCAGUUUUGUACUUCACAAGGACAAGAAUCGAAGGAACAAUGUGUUUCAAAAUAAAUAAUGUUCGAAACACAUGAUAUCAGAGGGUGUCAUGCAGCGCAUAAUAAUCUUUUUUGCUAUAAGCUGAACUAAUUGACAGUUAAACAAUGCACAAGGUGGGCCUUCAUACGAAGGAACGGUCAAAACUAUCAACACAUGAUUUCGAAGAUUGUUUACAUUCGAUGAUAUUUUUUGGUAAAUAAACU